AUGCCCCCACGAUCCAGCAAGCGAUCCGCGGCCCAGGCGGCCGCCGCACAGGCAGACGUGGAGAAGAAAUCCAAGAUCGCAGCUGGCUGGCAGGACGUCGGCGAAGCCGUCGUCUACAAGGGCAAGGCGCUGGCUCCCUUGCUGGUCUAUCACACGCCGAAUUGCCGAGAGGAUGCCAAGAAAAUCUACGCCUUUGAUAUGGACUGGACUGUUCUAAAGCCGAAGAGCGGGCGCAAGUUUCCCACUGGUGCUACAGACUGGGAAUUUAUCUUGCCCGAGGUGCCCAAGAAGCUGAAACAGCUCCACACAGACGGUCAUCGCAUCGUCCUCUUCACAAACCAAGGCGGCAUGGAAAAGGGCAACACGACGCCGCUUGAAAUUAAGACCAAGAUCACGACGGGCAACAAUCAUUUUCGCAAGCCCAGCGUGUUCCUCUGGCGUCACUUUGCCGAGCAGUGUUGCGCCGCUCCACCCAGCCCCGAGCAGUGUGUAUUCGUGGGAGAUGCUGCUGGUCGUGCGAAAAACUGGCGGGCAGGCGCACCAAAGGACUUUAAUGCCAGUGACCGGAUGUUUGCCGAAAACAUUGGCAUUCCGUUUCAAACCCCAGAGGAGUUUUUCCUGGGUCAAGCCCCCGUCUCAUCUUUUGAUUACGGCGCCUUUGAUCCCAAACCUUUGCGCGCUCAGCUCGCCGCCCCGCCCCCUACAAUCGACCCCAGCAAGACUCAAGAGAUGAUUGUAAUGGUUGGGUGUCCUGCAUCGGGUAAGAGCACCUUGAGCAAGCAUAAAUUUGAGAAGGAGCACGGCUACACGCGCAUCAACCGCGAUGAGAUGGGCACGGCAAGUAAAUGCAGCAAAGCUGCCGCUGCGGCCUUGGCUGCAGGCCAAUCGGUCGUUAUCGACAACACCAAUGGCAGCCCUGCGGCCCGUAGCGAAUGGAUCAAGCUGGCCCAAAAGCACAAGGUACCCUGCCGAUGCAUUCUCAUGGAAACACCGCGGGACCUGGCCGAGCACAUGAAUUUGUUUCGCCAAAACACGACUCAAGGUCGUCAGCGUCGCGUACCCGCGGUGGGCUACAAUGUCUUCUUCAAAAACUACCAAGAGCCCACCUCGGCAGAAGGGUUUGCCAGCGUUCUAACAUACCCUUUUGUGCCGCAAUUUGCUUCAGACGAGGAACGAGACAUGUUUUUUCACUGGACCUGCUAGCUGAAGUGCCCACCCCAUGUGUUGUCAUCGGGCUCUCUUUUACAUAUCCCUUGCUUGACAUGUGAAUCCACAUCCCCUUCAA